AUGGAGACGCAGUCCCUGGAGCACCAGAUCCAAAGCGUGCAAAGACAUAUUGCAUUCCUGAAGAAGGAGCAGCUGCAACUCCUUCAUGACCUGCACCUGGAAAUCCUUCGCCUACAGAAGCACUGCACAGAGCUGACCCACGAUCUCGAGAUGAAGGAAUUAGAAGCCAGGCAGCAAGAUAUUAUUGACCAGGAACUGGAAGAAAAAUGCAAGAUUAUGGAAGCCCAGUUGCAGGAGAAAGAGAAGGACAACCUGGAGUUGCGCAGGGAGCUGAGGCAUAAGGAGAGUUUGGUAGCUGCCCUUCGGUCCAACCUGAGGAAUAAGGAGCGGAAAUUCCUGGAGGAGCUGAAGAGGAGAAGCCACCGGGUGACGGUCCUUAACACGGAGCUGCAGAAGGAAACGGAGGCAGCUGCUUACCUUUCCUUCCAGCUGCACUCAACCAAGCAAAGACUUCACAGCUCACGGCAGAGCAAUAAGCCCCCUCCAGAGAGACCAACUGAGAAAACCUUCCUUCCUCAGCCCUGCGGGGAGGCCAGGCCCAAAAAGCGGACUCCGAAGUCACACCCCCGCCGGCACGCUGCCAGCUCCUUCCACAGCAAAGGGGCCUUCAAGGACUUGCCCUCUCGGGACAAGCUAAGCAGCUUUGAAGACAUCGAAUCAAUGCCUGACCCAGCCCUUUUUUUAUACACGAAACGGCACCAUGCUCCAACUCCCCACCUGAAAUCAGAGCACCGGGCUUCAGCCUUGUCCAGCAAAAUGGCGACAGACCAGAGCCCCCCCAAAGGGGGCAGGCAGAAGGCAGGUCAGCAGCCCCACCAGGACCCGGCCGAAACUGCAAGCGCCAUCAGAACUAUGGGCAAACCUAAGCCAUCUUCCAAAGGGGAGCAACGCAAGCAAAAUGGCACAAGCCCCCCCACUUCAAAAGACACUGAGUAA